UUUCAUUCAAAACCUGUUCUAUUUGUUGAUACACGUGUUUUUGUUACAACAAUAACAAGAAAAGUUAAACAAUAUAAUAUUAAAUUAUUCUAUGAGACUUGUAUUCUAGUAAAUUGAAAGUAGAAUCAUGUCAAAAUUGUUUGAUGAUGGAGGGUGUGAUGACAAUGAAGAAGAGUUAAAAGUUAAUAGUAGUUAUGCCAAUAACUAUAAUAAAUGGAGGCAAAAAGAAGAAUUGAACAAACUGAAAACUAAGUAUGGAGACCAUUUGAAAGAUCUUGACAGUUCAGAAGGUUCAUCUGAGAGCUCCUCUUCUGAGGAUGAAGAUGGAAAAGAGUUGACAGAAGAAUUUGAAAAGGAUUUUUUCAAAACUCUUUCAUUUUUAAAGAAAAAAGAUCCUAAAAUAUAUGAAAGUGAUGUUGUUUUCUUUCCAUCUACUCAAAAUGACAAGGAUGCUACUGAUAAUGAAGAUGAAUCUUCAAAAAGUAAUAAAAACGAUAAAAAAAAGAAAGAAAAAAAAGAAAAGCCAUUGUCUAUACGAGACUAUGAACGAAAGAUGAUUUUAGAACAUGAUGGAUUGUUUAGUGAUAGUGAAAAUGAACUUGAUAUUAGUAAAAAAUCAGAUGAAAAAAAGAAAAAACCAUUAACUUAUGUUGAAGAGCAACGAGAAUUACAAGAAAGUAUAAAGCAAGCAUUAAAAGACGAUGACGAUAAUGAUGAUGGAUUUUUAAAGGUGAAAAAUAAAAGCGAAGAAGAAAAGAUUAAAGAGGAGGAAAGUUAUAAACAGUGGUUAGCAGGUCAGACUGAAAAAAUCGAUGAUGAAGAUAAAGAUCAAUUAAAAUAUCUUCGAGAUUUUUGGUCAGAUCCAAAUUUAAAUGAAAAUGAGAAAUUUUUAAGAGACUAUGUACUGAAUAAAAAAUUCUUAGAAAAAGAAAAUGAUGCUGAAGAAGAAUUAAAUGAAGAUUAUCAUCAUAGACUUCAUGAUAGUGAUGAAAAUUUAUCCGAAGAUGAAAAAAAUCUCAACGAGCAAGAAGAAUUUGAACAUAAGUAUAAUUUUAGAUUUGAAGAACCCGAUGCAGAAUUUAUUAAACGGUAUCCAAGAACAAUGGAAAAUUCUUUGAGAAAAAAAGAUACAAGAAGAGCUCAGAAACGAGCAGAGGUGAAAAAAAGAAAAGAAGAAGAAAAAAUUCGUAUGAAGGAAGAAUUAAAACAAUUAAAAGCAUUGAAGAGGAAAGAAAUUAUGGAUAAAAUAGCUCAAUUAAAAGAAAUUACUGGCAAUGAUGAUCUUAAUCUAGAUUCUAUUGACUUUGACAGUGAUUUUGAUCCUAACGAACAUGAUAAAAAAAUGCAGCAAAUCUUUAAUGAAGAGUAUUAUAACAACGGUGAAGAUAAUGUAAAACCAGAAUUUCCUGAAUUAGAUCAAGAAUUAGAAAUCGAAAGAGAUUGGGAUAAUGUUGAUCCGAAUGCUGUAAAAAAUGCUGAGAAUUAUGAUUAUGAUGAUAAUCAACCCCACUGUGAAGAUCCUGAUUUUAAUAUGGACGCUGAUUACGACCCUAAUAAUAAAAGCAAUCUAGAACAAGAAUUAGUUGACAAUUCAAGGAAAAAACGAAAACGAAAAUCUAAAUUUGCCAAACUUAUUGCAACAGAAAAGCCUAAGUUUGAUCCGAAACUUCAUUCAUCGUUUAUGGAAUAUUUUGAUCAAUACUAUGCCCUUGAUUAUGAAGAUAUGAUUGGGGAUAUACCUUGUAGAUUUAAAUAUAGAAAAGUGGUACCUAAUGAUUAUGGUCUCACUACAGAGGAGAUUUUGUUAGCAGAUGAUAAAGAACUUAACAAGUGGUGUUCAUUGAAAAAAGCACUUGAGCAUAAGCCUGAGAAUGUGGAAUUUAGAGAGAUUCAGAUUUAUAAGCAAAAAGCUAAAAAUGAAGCGUACAAGAAAAAAAUUUUAUCUAGUUUAUACAAAAAUAAUGAUGAUGAAGAUCAGAACGAUGACCAAAAUCAACAAGAAACUAAUGAAACUGUAAAUAAGAAGAAAAGAAAAAAGAAUAAGAAGAAAGUAGAUGAACAAGAUAUAAAAAUGGAAGAUUCAAGUCAACCAGAAAUCAAAGUUGAAAAUACGAGUGAAGAUGUAGUAGUGAAUAAUAAAAAUGAUAGGAAAAGAAAAAUUGAAGAUGCAAAUGAGAAUGGGGAAUCUAAAGAAAAAGUUCCUAAAGAAGAUGAAGCAGAAACACCAUUGAUAGACGUUACAAAAAUACAACCAAUAGUGAAUAUUCCAAAAGAACUAAAGAAGGACAAACAAAAAAUUAAAAAUGAAAACGUUCAGGCAAAAAAUGGCAAGUCAAAUUCGCCUCCAUCUAAAAAAUCAAAAAUGGCGAAAAACAAAAAUGAAAAAGUAUCAGCAAAAAAUAAACAAAAACACAAAAAAUCGAACAGCACUAAUAUAGCACAGAAACAAGAAGAUCUUAUUACUUCAAUGAGUAAUAAACGAUUAGAAGCUUAUGGAUUGAAUCCUAAGAAAUUUAAAAAUAAAUUAAAAUAUGGUAAACAAAAAUUUUAAUACAAUGUUUAAAUUAAAAAAA